AUGUGCUCCCGCCAGGACAAAGACCAGUGCCACCAGCAAGAACGGUCCUCAUGCCACAGCAGUGAAGGCUGCCACGGGAGCAGCGGUGGGUCCGGGUGCCACAGGAGCAGCGGUGGGUCCGGGUGCCACGGGAGCAGCGGUGGGUCCGGGUGCCACGGGAGCAGAGAACCCAGAUGCCACGGCAGCAGAGGCGGAUCCUACCAUGGAAAGCCACAGGAUUGCCAGCAGCAAAUUUAUCAAGUAUCCUCAAAGAUGAAGUGA